AUAUUUUUUCUAACAUCACAUGUGAUGUAGUCUACAUUCAGUGAUAUGUAUGGCUAUUUAAAAAUGUAUAAUUCGUUGACAUAUUAAAUUGAAGUAUUGCCAUCUUAAUCUGUGGCAUUAUCAUCGCUAUCAGUGUCCAAUGAUAAUGAUGAUUAUUACUGGCGACCCGAGUGUGACUUUAAAACCGAGUUUAGAGCUGCCGGUUGUGUAACCCGACCCGCAGCGAGCGACAGCUGGAGGAACUAGGCGAGGGAUAGCGAGAAGGGUAGUGGAGCAGGUUCGCAAAUAACUUCUCGCUUUCUCUUUCUCUCAAGCUCUUUCUCAGACAUUUAGGAACGGAUGGUAAACACGUCGAACACGGCAAUGGCCGGCCGGACCUUUUGGUCAAGUUUGGCUGCAGUGUCACUUCUGCUACUUAUAAUGCAAGUGAGUGGCAAUGAGGAGUCCCAGCUCAUUAAGGAUAUCAUGACAGGCUACAACAAGAAUAUCCGUCCUGCUGAGCAUCCGGGGGACAAGGUUCAAGUGCAGUUGAAGCUCACCCUAACAAACCUCAUUUCCCUGAAUGAAAAAGAGGAAACCCUCACCACCAAUGUGUGGAUUGAGAUUCAAUGGCAUGAUUACCGUCUGGCCUGGAACGAAACUUUAUACUAUGGCAUUAGUGUGGUUCGUGUCCCGUACAGUACAGUGUGGCUGCCAGACAUCGUCCUAGAGAACAAGUCUCAGACAUACAGUGCCAAUGAGGUGGACUUGAUACUGGCUGUGGAGGAGGGUGUGACCAUUGAGUGGGUGGCGAUAGACCCAGAGGCCUUUACCGAGAAUGGAGAGUGGGCCAUCAGGCACCGCCCAGCCAGGAAGGUAAUCAACCAUCGCUACUCCCCUGAUGACUUGGAGUAUCAGGAAGUGCAUUUUGGCCUGGUCAUUCAGAGGAAGCCUCUGUUCUACAUCAUCAACAUCAUCCUGCCCUGCUCCCUCAUUUCCUCCUUGGUAGUGCUGGCCUAUUUCCUGCCUGCACAGGCUGGUGGUCAAAAGUUGACUGUGUCCAUCUCUGUUCUGCUGGCUCAGACAGUCUUUCUUAUCCUUGUUUCUCAAAAGAUUCCACAGACUUCUCUCUCAGUCCCUCUUAUUGGCAAGUACCUGAUCUUCGUCAUGUCCGUAACCACUCUCAUCGUCACCAACUGUAUCAUCGUCCUCAACUACUCCCUCCGGAGUCCCAGUAGCCACAACAUGUCCCGAUCCAUCAAGCACGUUUUCCUGGAGGUUGUUCCACGUUUCCUAGGGGUGUCGUAUUUGGGCAACAGCGAUGACGAAAACGCACAGUCGGAUGCAGUGAGAGAGCGCAGAGGGAGCACAUUCAAUAUGAUGCAGAGAGCGGAGGAGUACAUGCUGAAACAUCCUCGCAGCGAGAUCAUGUUCGACAGACUGAAAGAGAGACACGGCCUCGGUCAAACUUUCGUGGAUGGCAUUGAUGUCAGUACCACAGCCAGCCUGUAUAAAAGCCUCGCUCAAGCUGCCCCAGAGAUAAAGGACUGUGUGGACGCCUGCAACUUCAUCACAGAGAGCACCAAGCAGCAAAACGAUAUUGGAUCUGAGAUAGAGAACUGGGUGUUGAUCGGGAAAAUGAUUGACAAGGUGUGUUUCUGGGUUGCGUUACUCCUCUUCUCCCUUGGGACGGUGGCGAUCUUCCUCACGGGACAUUUUAACCAGGCUCCUGAGUUCCCUUUCCCUGGAGAGGACAAGCGUUAUGCCCCCAUUUUGCCAACCUCCUCCCCAGAAGGGCAGGGGGAUGCAACAUCUCAGUUGUAAGAGUUUGUGUUGCCUUAUUCUUCUUUGAUCACUCACUUUUCUUAUACUUAGAGACAUGUGCGAGGAGUACACUCUGGGCAAUCAGACCACAAUAAUGAGUUUAAAAAACACCUGAUCAUGUGGUUAAUAAUGAUUCCAACACUCUCAUCCUGUCUCCUCACCAGGUCCACUCAAUCCCAGCUCCCUUGGGAUUAGUAUUACCUAAUAAUACAUGCGUUAAAUUGGGUAAUUAAAAGGAAAUCUCAGGGCAACGCUACCUGGGGCUAUUUGGGCUCAGGAAUUUCAAGUAUUGUUUGGAUGUUCUGGGUCCAUUACAGAGUUGGGUUACAUAUUAUUUCAUUUUUAUUAUAUAUGUAUUUACGCAUACACACACACACACACACACACAAACAAGCUUGUGCAUGAGCAGGCAUGUGUGCACAAACACAUAGAAAAAUGGAUAUUCGAUAAUCUGAAUUGAACUACUGUUGUAUUACUGAUACAUUGAAUUUUAACACUUGUAAAUCAGAUGAAACAACAAAUAUGAAGACAAAAAAUGUACUAUAAAUUAAAAAAUGAAAAAGAUGUAUUAAAUCUUAUGAGUAAUACCUAGGGUUCAUAUACACAUAAACACACACACACAGCACACUUAUGCACAGCAA